UACGUGCUCAUACAGUCCAUACUUCUGGUCAGCUCCAUGAUGUCCAUCGCAUCAACCGACUGGCGGGCAUUCGCCAUAUUUCAAUUCUUCAACGGAUACAUCUUCGGACACAUGAAGACCACGUGCAUCACGCUGCUGAUCGAAACCACCGACGGCAAGUACCGCCUCGUUCCAUUCGCGUGCAUCCAGUGGGGCCUCGGUUUCAUGAUCAACUCAAUCGUGUUGUAUUUGGCGAACGACUGGCGAAUGUUCAUCGUAAUCGUGAACCUAAUUUCGUCCCCUCUGAUCUAUUUUUAUCUACUGUUUCAAGAAUCUUACCGGUGGCUUCUGGCACGAGGCGACCUACGGGGUGCAGCAGAUGUCAUGACGGAACUGAACUCAGAACGAUGGGCGAAAGGCGACAGAGAGAAUAACGUCGAUGGCGAGAUCACCAGUGAACAGUUGAUCAUGCUGCUGCCGGACAACGAGUCGAAGCGAAACUUCCACAGCUGCUUUUAUUUGUUCCUGGAGAAAUCGACGUGUCGCACUACCAUUGUUCUGAUGCUAAUGAUGGUCACAUACGGCAUGGUUGGGUCAUGGUUCCACUCUGGCAACGACGCCAUUUCCGUGGACAUUAAUAUUCACUUCCUGCUGCACGGCGCGCUGACGUUUUGGAUCUCCAGUGUCAUUGUGUUGUUAGAUCUGAAGGUUCCGAAACUGGGCUAUAAGCCGCAGCUGUUGUUCGGCAUGAGCUUGCUGGCCGUUUGCUUCGCCGUCACUCUGUUCUUCAAUGUGACCUCUUACCAGGCUCCGCGGCACAUCAUCUACAUAGCGACGUCGAUCGCCGCCAUCACUGACUCGUCAAUCGUGCUGAUGAUGAUUUGCCACACGACGGCUGCUGUGUACCCGACGGUCGUCAGGAGCAAAGCCUUUGGACUGCUGUUUGCGUGUGAAAACCUUGGCAGCAUAAUCAUGACGAUUUUGCUGAGCGACUACUUCAGCAAUGGCCCCGUCGUCGGACACUUCACCUGCGAGGCGCUGGUCAUCGGAGCCGUCUUAUUGGCCAUUCUCUACUUUCCGGAGACGAAAUUCAUGAUCACGCGCGAGUUUUUGAUUGACGUCUUUCCGACUUACAAUUCAAACAUCGGGCAAAGCUGA